GCUGUCAGGCUGUCUAGUCACAGAGGAAGGCUGUGCUUCUCUGGUCUCAGCUCUGAGGUCAAACCCCUCACACCUGAGAGAGCUGGACCUGAGCUACAAUCACCCAGGAGACUCAGGAGUCAGACUGCUCUCUGCUGGACUGGAGGAUCCACACUGCAGACUGGAGAAACUCAAUGUGGAACAUGGUGGAGAGAACAGAAUGAAACCUGGGCUUAGAAAAUAUGUCUGUUAUCUCACGCUGGACCCAAACACAGCACACAGACUCCUCUCUCUGUCUGAGGAGAACAGAAAGGUGACAUGGAGGAGAAAGAAGCAACAGCCGUAUCCUGAUCACCCAGAGAGAUUUAAGGACUGGCAGCAGGUGCUGUGUAGAGAGGGUCUGACUGGGCGCUGUUACUGGGAGGUAGAGUGGAGUGGGAGAGGUGCUGUUAUAGGAGUGACAUACAAAGGAAUCAGCAGGAGAGGAAGGGGUGAUGACUGUUGUCUUGGAUACAGUGACAAGUCCUGGAGUUUGGACUGCUCUGACAAAAGUUACACUGCCUGGCACAAUAAUAAUUACACUACCAUAGACGUCCCCUCCUCCAGCUCCCACAGAGUAGGAGUGUAUCUGGACUGGCCAGCCGGCACUCUGUCCUUCUAUAGAGCCUCCUCUGACACACUGACCCACCUGAUCACAUUCACCUCCACAUUCACUGAACCCCUCUAUCCAGGGUUUUAUGUUUGGUAUGUUGACUCUUCAGUGUCCCUGGAAAAAAUAACCUGACACACACACACACACACACACACACACACACACACACACACACACACACACACACACACACACACACACACACACACACACACAUAUACACACACACAUUGGAUACACAAUCACACAAUGGACACACACACACACUGGACACACACUGGACACACACAAAAACACUGGACACACACACACUGGACACUGGAAACGCACACACACAAACACAAUCUUGUACAGCUAACCUUGUGGGAACAUACAAUUCAGUCCCAUUCAAAAUCCUAUAUUCCCUUACCCCUAACCCUAAACCUAACCCUAACCCGUAUCCUUACCUUAACGCUAACCCUAAACCUUAGCCCCUAACCCUAACCCUAACCCUAACCCGUAUCCUUACCUUAACGCUAACCCUGAACCUUAGCCCCUAACCCUAACCCUAACCUGUAUCCUUACCUUAACCCUAACCCUACACCUUAGCCCCUAACCCUAAACCUAACCCUAACCCGUAUCCUUACCUUAACGCUAACCCUAAACCUUAGCCCCUAACCCUAAACCUAACCCUAACCCGUAUCCUUACCUUAACGCUAACCCUAAACCUUAGCCCCUAACCCUAAACCUAACCCUAACUCGUAUCCUUACCUUAACGCUAACCCUAAACCUUAGCCCCUAACCCUAAACCUAACCCUAACCCGUAUCCUUACCUUAACGCUAACCCUAAACCUUAGCCCCUAACCCUAAACCUAACCCUAACCCGUAUCCUUACCUUAACGCUAACCCUAAACCUUAGCCCCUAACCCUAAACCUAACCCUAACCCGUAUCCUUACCUUAACGCUAACCCUAAACCUUAGCCCCUAACCCGUAUCCUUACCUUAACCCGUAUCCUUACCUUAACGCUAACCCUAAACCUUAGCCCCUAACCCGUAUCCUUACCUUAACCCGUAUCCUUACCUUAACGCUAACCCUAAACCUUAGCCCCUAACCCGUAUCCUUACCUUAACCCUAACCCUACACCUUAGCCCCUAACCCUAAACCUUAGCCCCUAACCCUAAACCUAACCCUAACCCGUAUCCUUACCUUAACGCUAACCCUAAACCUUAGCCCCUAACCCUAAACCUAACCCUAACCCGUAUCCUUACCUUAACGCUAACCCUAAACCUUAGCCCCUAACCCUAAACAUGUGCUUAAUGUGCCCCAGCUGUGGGCCAAGAUGUGACAAAUAGGGAAAUUUGAACCCGUACCUCUCCUCUUUGUCCAUCAAAGGGCCAUGGCUCAACGUGUAGUACACGAGCCUCAUCUGCCAGGUUUGAUCCCCACCUAGGAUAUGCCCAAGGUGUAAGGUUGGACAUAGUCUCUGGAGCAAAAGUUCAAGUUUGGACUAUGUCCAGCCUGUGCACCUGGUGAUUGUACGGGUUACCAGGCGCACAUUUUUUUAUGUUUUUUUUUAAUGCCUUUAGGGGGGUUCCAGGGAUCCAUGCCUGGGUAGGGAGUCCCCCAACCGGGAUUGUCCACAAGGAGGUGCCACUUGCCAUUUUAAGCCGUUUUUAAUCACUAAUGUACAGUGGGGCAAAAAAGUAUUUAGUCAGCCACCAAUUGUGCAAGUUCUCCCACUUAAAAAGAUGAGAGAGGCCUGUAAUUUUCAUCAUAGGUACACUUCAACUAUGACAGACAAAAUGAGAAGAAAACAACCCAGAAAAUCACAUUGUAGGAUUUUUAAUGAAUUUAUUUGCAAAUUAUGGUGGAAAAAAAGUAUUUGGUCACCUACAAACAAGCAAGAUUUCUGGCUCUCACAGACCUGUAACUUCUUCUUUAAGAAGAGAGAGAGACACACACACAUUGGACACACACACACUGGAGACACACACACACUGGAGACACACACACAUUGGAGACACACACACAUUGGACACACACACACACACACAGGAGACACACACACACACUGGACACACAGAGACUGUAAAUUAAAAUGUUAAUUGUAUGCGUCCACAUAACUGAGUAUUAGACUAACCUUGUGAAACUGUCAUGUUAUAAUCUCCUGUCCUUCUGAGUAUAAGUCUGUGUUGCAAACCAGUUUGCUCCUGUGUCCUGGUAGAGAAUGAAAGGGAACAGAGAGUUCCUCCCAACUACAGGAACUAUAAAGAUAUGUGCUGAUCAAUGUUUCUGAAUUCAGACUGUCUACACUGUGAAACUCUGUUAUUCUCUCUGAGAUCACAAUGCUUCAGAAUUCAGACUGUCUACACUGUGAAACUCUGUUAUUCUCUCUGAGAUCACAAUGCUUCUGAAUUCAGACUCUCUACACUGUGGAACUCUGUUAUUCUCUCUGAGAUCACAAUGCUUCUGAAUUCAUACUGUCUACACUGUGGAACUCUGUUAUUCUCUCUGAGAUCACAAUGCUUCUGAAUUCAUACUGUCUACACUGUGGAACUCUGUUAUUCUCUCUGAGAUCACAAUGCUUCUGAAUUCAUACUGUCUACACUGUGGAACUCUGUUAUUCUCUCUGAGAUCACAAUGCUUCUGAAUUCAUACUGUCUACACUGUGGAACUCUGUUAUUCUCUCUGAGAUCACAAUGCUUCUGAAUUCAGACUGUCUACACUGUGGAACUCUGUUAUUCUCUCUGAGAUCACAAUGCUUCAGAAUUCAGACUGUCUACACUGUGGAACUCUGUUAUUCUCUCUGAGAUCACAAUGCUUCUGAAUUCAGACUGUCUACACUGUGAAACUCUGUUAUUCUCUCUGAGAUCACAAUGCUUCAGAAUUCAGACUGUCUACACUGUGGAACUCUGUUAUUCUCUCUGAGAUCACAAUGCUUCUGAAUUCAGACUGUCUACACUGUGAAACUCUGUUAUUCUCUCUGAGAUCACAAUGCUUCAGAAUUCAGACUGUCUACACUGUGGAACUCUGUUAUUCUCUCUGAGAUCACAAUGCUUCUGAAUUCAGACUGUCUACACUGUGAAACUCUGUUAUUCUCUCUGAGAUCACAAUGCUUCUGAAUUCAUACUGUCUACACUGUGGAACUCUGUUAUUCUCUCUGAGAUCACAAUGCUUCUGAAUCCAGACUGUCUACACUGUGGAACUCUGUUAUUCUCUCUGAGAUCACAAUGCUUCUGAAUUCAGACUGUCUACACUUUGUAUUCUUUCUGAGCUCAGAAAUAAAGAAUCUUGGUUUCUUGGACUCCAGGAGAUCCUAAUUUUUAUAUAUCCAUGACAACACACACACACACACACACAUACACCUUUGACACACAAACACAUACACUGAACACACACAAACACACACUGUACACACACACUAGACACACACACAAUGUACACACACACGGGACACACACACACACACCAGUUUGAGCCAGUUUAUUCCUGUAAAUACAAACAUAGAAAGGCAACAUGUAAAGUGUUGGCUCCGUGUUUCAUGAGCUGAAAUAAAAGAUGAAAUGUUCCAUAUGCACAAAAAGGGUAUAAGUUUUACAUUAGUGAGCAUUUCUCCUUUACCCAGAUAAUCCAUCCACCUGACAGGUGUUGCAUAUCAAGAAGCUGAUUAAACAGCAUGAUCAUUACAAAGGUGCACCUUGUGCUGGGGACAAUAAAAGGCCACUCUAAAAUGUGCAGUUUGGUCACAGAACACAAUGCCAGAUGUCUCAAGUUUUAAGGGAUUGUGCAAUUUGCAUGCUGACUGCAGGAAUGUCCAACAGAGCUGUUGCUAGAGAAUUGAAUGUUCAUUUCCCUAAACCACCUUGAAUGUUGUUUUAGAGAAUGUUGGUUUUCUGAUCCACACUCCUACUGUUUUAUUAAGGUGUCUGACAAACAGAUGCAGAUCUGUAUUCCCAGUCAUGUGAAAUCUGUAGAUCAGGGCCUAAUGAAUUUAGUUUUUCAACUGACUGAUUUCCUUAUAAGAACUAUAACUCAGUAAGACCUUUGGUGUCCAUUUACUUACAUUAUUGUCUUGUAUACAGUCUGACAUAUAAUGGACCUUAUGCUUGUUAUGUCACCUCUUUUGUUCAGUGUAAUAAAAAACAUAUCAGU